AAUUUUAUUUCUCUUAUAAAACACCAACCAUUGGCUAUUCUCAAUUCAUUCAUAAACUUCAUUCAUAACAUUCUUAGUUAUCUACCAAAAAUAAUUCUUAGUUUGAAGAAAAGAAGGAAGAAAUACUUCAUACAACUCUACUGAAAAAUUUUCAGGACCACGGCGUGGCCACAAUUGACGCCACAGCAGCCUCAUAACAUCAACUUCAUCUGACCACGAUUCUCUGCAAUAUCAAAGAUCGUGGCGUGACCACGUUUUAAAACCUUGUUGACAACUUUCUUCUUGAAUUUUGUCUGCAUCGGCUGCAUUGACCACGAUUCUCUGCAAUAUCAAACAUCCUGACGCGGCCACAUUCUUCAAAUCUUGUUAACAAUUUUGUCUUUUGAACUUAGUCUCUCAAUGGCUAAGAUUUCAAAAUUCUUUCAAUUUUUCAACUUCAUUUCAAUUUUGUUACUCACAUCACACUAUAUUUUCCCUCCAUGUAUGUCCCUAACAAAUGAAACACAAGCCCUUCUUGAUUUCAAGAGUCAUUUGAAUGACUCAUUGAACACUCUAGCUUCAUGGAAUGAAUCAAAAUCACCAUGCAACUUUCUUGGAAUUACAUGUGAUCCAAGAAAUUUGAAAGUCAGAGAAAUCUCAUUGGAUGGUGAUUCCCUAUCCGGCGAAAUUUUUCCAUCAAUCACAACUCUUGAUAGCCUAGAAGUUCUUUCAUUACCAUCCAAUUCCAUUUCCGGAAAAAUUCCAUCAGAAGUAACAAAAUUUAUAAACCUCAGAGUCUUGAAUCUAUCAGGAAAUGAACUUAUUGGAGCAAUUCCAGAUUUGUCCGGUUUGAAAAAUCUUCGAGUUCUUGAUCUUUCGGCCAACUACUUUUCCGGUAGAUUCCCUAGCUGGAUAGGGAACUUAACCGGACUAGUAUCGCUUGGUCUCGGAGAAAAUCUUUACACUGAGAGUGUGAUACCAGAGAGUCUUGGAGAUUUGAAGAAUUUGACUUGGCUUUAUCUUGGUGGUUCUCAUUUGAAAGGAGAGAUUCCAGAAUCAAUAUAUGAAAUGGAAGCAUUGAAGACUUUGGAUUUGUCAAGAAACAAGUUAUCUGGCAAAAUCUCUAGAUCGAUUUUGAAGUUGAAAAAUGUUUCCAAAAUUGAGUUGUUUUCGAACAAUUUGACGGGCGAAAUACCAGAAGAACUUGCAAAUUUAACCAAUUUGCAAGAGAUUGAUCUUUCUGCAAAUAAAUUUUUUGGUAAGUUGCCUAAGCAGAUUGGUGAAAUGAAGAACUUGGUUGUUUUUCAGCUGUAUGAUAACAGCUUUUCUGGUCAAAUUCCUGCUGGAUUUGGUAAAAUGGAAAAUCUCACAGGUUUUUCGGUUUACAGAAACAGUUUCAACGGUACAAUUCCGGAGGAUUUUGGCCGAUUUUCUCCGCUCAAAAGUAUCGACAUAUCAGAGAAUCAAUUUUCAGGUUUUUUCCCAAAGUACUUAUGUGAGAAAAGAAAGUUAACACUUUUGCUUGCAUUGCAAAACAAUUUCUCUGGAAAUUUUUCUGAGUCUUAUGCUUCAUGCAAGUCACUAGAAAGAUUAAGGAUCAGUAAUAAUUCUUUGUCUGGAAAAAUUCCGAAAGGUGUUUGGUCACUUCCAAAUGCAAAGAUAAUUGAUUUAGGUUUUAAUAAUUUCAGUGGUGAAGUAUCUUCAGAAAUUGGUUAUUCAACAAAUUUAAGUGAAAUUGUUUUGAUGAAUAACAAGUUUUCAGGUAAAGUUCCUUCCGAAAUCGGAAAAUUGGUGAAUUUGGAGAAACUUUACUUGAGUAACAACAAUUUCUCUGGUGAUAUUCCACGUGAAAUUGGAUUGUUAAAACAGUUAUCUACUUUGCAUUUGGAAGAGAAUUCGUUAACUGGUGUAAUACCGAAAGAAUUAGGCCAUUGUUCGAGGUUGGUGGAUUUGAAUCUUGCCUUGAAUUCUCUAUCGGGAAAUAUUCCGAACUCGGUUUCGCUUAUGAGUUCAUUGAAUUCUUUGAAUUUAUCAAGAAACAAAUUAACAGGUACAAUUCCUGAUAAUUUGGAGAAAAUGAAACUAAGCUCAGUGGAUUUUUCUCAAAAUUCUCUUUCUGGUGGAAUUCCAUUUGGCAUUUUGAUUAUUGGUGGAGAGAAAGCUUUUGUUGGAAACAAAGAAUUAUGUGUUGAGCAAAUUCCGAAAACUUCAAUGAAUUCUGAUUUGAAGAUUUGUGAUAAAGAUCAUGGUCAUAGAAGAGGGGUCUUUGCUUAUAAAUAUUUUCUGCUCUUUUUCAUUGCUGUUAUCUUCGCUGCUGCGAUCGUGAUCCAUAGAUGCAUGAAGAAUCGAAAAGAAAAGAAUUUACAAAAAGGCGAAAAGGAAGCAAGUCAAAAAUGGAAACAAGCAUCUUUUCACCAAGUGGAUAUUGAUGCAGAUGAAGUAAGUCAUUUGGAUGACGAUAAUUUAAUCGGCUACGGUGGCACCGGAAAAGUUUAUCGAGUCAAGUUGAAGAAAACCGGCAUAGUGGUGGCCGUAAAGCAACUAGAGAAAGGCUAUGGUGUGAAGAUUUUAGCUGCUGAGAUGGAGAUUUUAGCGAAAAUUAGGCACAAAAAUAUACUUAAACUUUAUGCUUGUUUUCUUAAAGGAGGGUCCAAUCUCUUGGUUUUUGAGUAUAUGCCAAAUGGUAAUCUUUUCCAAGCUCUUCAUAGAGAGGUAAAAGAUGAGAUGGUUACAUUUGAUUGGAAUCAGAGGUAUAAAAUUGCUUUGGGAGGUGCAAAAGGAAUUUGCUAUUUGCACCAUGAUUGUUCACCACCUGUUAUUCAUAGGGAUAUAAAAUCAAGCAACAUUUUGCUUGAUGCAAAUUAUGAAGCAAAAAUUGCUGAUUUUGGUGUUGCAAGAUUUGCUGAAAAAUCUCAGAUGGGUUAUAGCGUUUUUGCUGGCACACAUGGUUAUAUUGCUCCAGAACUAGCAUAUACAACGGAAAUAACCGAAAAGAGCGACGUAUACAGCUUCGGAGUGGUGCUAUUAGAGUUAGUAUCUGGAAGAGAACCUGUUGAAGAAGAAUAUGGAGAAGCAAAAGACAUUGUUCAUUGGGUUAUGAGUAAUCUCAACGAUCGCGAAAGUGUACUCAGCAUUCUUGAUGGUAGAGUUGCAUCAACACAUUGUGUCGAAGAUAUGAUUAAAGUGUUGAAGAUCGGUAUUAAGUGUACUACUAAGCUUCCAACUUUGCGUCCAACUAUGAGAGAUGUUGUUAAGAUGCUUGUUGAUUCUGAACCUUGCAAGAAGAAAUCGAAACCAUGUGGUUUUGAGAAAAAUGCAGGCUCUUUUGACUAGUGGUUUUGAUUAUUUUCAAAAGCUAUAAUGUACAUUUUUGCAAGUUAUUUUUCAAUUUAAGAGCAGUUUUGUAUGCUAGUUGAGAUUUGUAUGAUAUAUAUAAUAAUUAUGUUUUUGAGAGGUGUUACAAAUGUAUAAUAUCUUGUAACAAAAGAAAAAUGUAUAAUAUCUUGGUUCUUUUUCUGUUUUUUA